AUGUCGCUCCGUCGUGGUGUGUUGGCUCUCGCCCUGCCCGCCUUGGCCAUGAUGCUUGCUGGCUGUGGUUGUGAGCGUGAUGGCAUCGUCACAUGUGUUGUCGACAUGCUCGCACAGUCGAACGAGAUUUGCGGGGCCGCAGGCUACAGCAAAGUCAUGAGUGGCGCCACAACGGUGGCAGACUGCUGCGGGGCGCUCAAAGCGGUGCAGGAUUGCUACACGGUUUGCUCCUGUGACACGGAGUGCGCAGUUGAAGACACGGCCACAUCCUGCCCGACAACAGGGAAAAUCAGUGAUCCCGUCAGAUUCUGGCAGUCGAUCCUCGAGGGCCUGAACAAAAAUGGCGAGACCUGUGCCACAGCGGGUGUAACAGGCACGCAGUGCUGA